ACUCAGCUCUGCUACAGUCGGGUGGUGGGCACACUCAGCCCUGCUACAGUCGGUGGUGGGCACACUCAGCCUUGCUACAGUCGGGUGGUGGGCACACUCAGCCUUGCUACAGUCGGGUGGUGGCCGGUGCCAGGAGGGACGGGUGCACCAUACCCCUAGACCUGUGAGGGCAGUGCCACCAACUCCCACCAAAAAGUGCACACAACUUUUCCUUGACCACAGCUGUGCUCCGCAGCGCUGCAUUUUGGCUUAUUACAGCUACAGCUCUGAGGAGUUCUGGACGGUGGAGUCCAGCUGGUUCUUACCCAGUCACCAAAGUAGUACCACCACCCCCAUCAUCCUAGGGUUAGCAUGUGUUCUUUGGAUCCCUAAUAAGAUUCAUACAGAACACUCUUGGACUAGACGGGUUCUAGACUGCGUUCCAGCGCUCUCUUCCCAGUAGAGUUCUAGACUUUAGACAAGUAAAAAUGCAACGUGAAGGCUGUAGGAUGGGCGGGGGGGUGCAGGAGCCCGCGGCCACCGGGAUGAUCACUUUAGACGACUUGGACAACAUGACGGACGAGCUGGGCUCCGACUCUGCGUAUAACAGUAACGGAAGCGUCGAGGAAGAAGCCGAACCCAUGGAGGACGGAGAACAGGACCGGCUGCUGAACUACUGGCAAACCGUAGCGAGAGGACAUCAAGUGGAGGUGCCAAAUGACAUGGCAGAACCAAUUCACCAGAUGACACGGAACCGACGGACAGAGGAGCGGCAGUCCGUGCCCUUCCUGCUAAUGAGCUGCAAAGAGAAGUGCGGAGAACUGCUGUACGAGAAGAGGCAGUACGGAAAAGCCAAGUGGGCCUGCAUCAAGAUGAAGGAGGAGCGAUACGAGCAGAGCAUAUGCAUGGGCUUCAUGAAGCUCAUGAGAUACAUCUGCGAACAGAACUCCUUAGGCCAAUACCUGGGCAUGACCAUCCCAAUCCUGACUACCGUGCACAUGGACGAGGCAAGGACGGGGAUCACACGCUCUGUGACGGUGGCUUAUUACAUCCCAGCCCAUCUUCAAGACGAUCCACCUCAACCGACAGACCAGGAAAUCAUCAUCGAGGAAUGGCCGACGACCGUCGUCUUCUCCAGAUCAUUCCUUGGAGCAACCAACGAGGAGACCAUCAUGCGAGAGAUCUCCCUGUUGGCCGAGCUGCUGGAGUCCCCCGAGCUGUGCCGACAAGACACCUUUAUCGUCGCCGGAUACACAAACCCAGCGGCCGCCGACAGGCGCAGCGAAAUCUGGUUCCUGCAGAGGCCUUAAUCACGGAGUGUGGACUGGAGCGAGCGAUGAGUGGUGGCCUCCGUGGACAUGAAGCGUCUUCUCUGAGCUGUCUUGGGACAUUUCCCUCCUAAGCGCACGUGCAGACUUACCUGCAGGUCGGACUCAUACUUAUCCCUUGAAGGGUUGUCAUGGUAAUUGCACACUGACCUAUAGAGUCAUAACUCCCCCUGUCGCCGACUCCCAUCCCAUUAUGUACAGGAGUCACGGCGAGGUUGGACCGCCAUUUGUGCUCCAUUUCUAAGCCGACAUGCACCUUGGCUUUAGCGAUAUCGGAGGCCCGGUUCCUUAUGGAGGCCGCAGAGGAGGCACCCAGCAAGGUCUGACAGCUGGAGCCAUCUUUUCUGAGGUUCCUCCCGACAACCCUCAGGGUAUGUUCACACAUGAACUUUCCACACACUACGGAGAAAGCCUGCGGCGUAGACCGGCUCACGCGGUGGGGCUCGAGCUGCAGCCUGACAAUUUACGCCGCAGGUUUCACUCCGGCUUUCAACCUUUACAAUGCAGAAGACCCCGUGAGCCCAGCAGCGGUGCCGUUACAAAACCUAGCCCGUUAGAGGUUGUCCGCUGCGGAAACUCCGUCAUGUGUGGCUGUACCCUUAGGGUGUGUUCACACGGGAACGACCGGCUGCAGAUUUUAUGGAAAAUGUCAAGCUUAUUAAAAGUAGCAGCAAAGUGGAUGAGAUUUUACCAAACCGCUGGGAAUUCAUGCAGAAAUUGCUGUGCAGUGGGGAAUUUACAGCAGCCAUAUUGACCGUCAUCCAGCUUUUCCAGUCACAGAUACAAAUGAGAAAUGUCCCAACAGAACUUCUAUAACAUUAGAGAAGACGGUGGAUCAAGGACCCGACCUCCUGGGGUGGAACUGGUCAGGACUAUGGCUCCAUACUUAUCGGCCUACCCCCACUCUAAUGAAUGGGACUGAGCUGCAGUACCAGACACAGCCUGCGGACAAGUGUGGCAGCGUUCAUAACACUCCUGGACAGCCGCUGAUAUCUGCGCUGUAUAUCCUUCCCCUAAACACAGCGAAAGCGACAAGGACAUCGCAGAUUCUCCAAGAAUCUCUGCCAACCCAGAGAAACCGGAAGCUGGCGUCUACCCCAGGGAUCAGCUCUGCCCUCCGGUUCCCCUGUGUGUAAGGAAAGGAUUAACCUUGUGAAAAAAAAAGAGCAGGAGCUUUAAAUUUUAAAACUUCCACACAAAGCAAAAGCGGAUUUGUGAAGCCUCCGAAGGGUUAAGUAACGAGAUGUCAAGAUUAACCCCUCAAUGGGUCGCUGGGGGGGGAACAGCAAAAGUACAGAUUAGUGUUGUGGAGGCGAUGCACUAAGACCGCCACGUGGUGCGCCAGUGUCCGGCGCCGCUCCGGCCUAAGAUCCUGGAAAUCCAUUGCACCAGAAACUCAAAUCUACACCUAGAUCUUAGAGGUGGGAGGAAGGGAAAAUACGCGGCACAACCGUUAAAAAAGGUGAGUGUGACAUUUUUGCGCAGAGAGGGUUUGUGCAGAUAUUUAACAAGAAACAUAAAACCAGUUCAGAGAACAGGAGACCUCAGAAAUGGCGGAUACCAGGGAGCAGCAGAACGCAUGCCCGAAAUCGCACAUCAUUCUCCGUUAUUACACAAUUACAAACCAUUGGCCACAAUGAAUAACGUGCAAGGGCCGUGUUGUUGGGAACUUCCAGCGAUGACAAUCAGAUCACAGAGGGUCCUCACAAAGCCCCUCUAGUCAGCCGAGACAGCCGCCAUGAUGUGAACUCUUUACCAGGAAUGCUAUGAAAUCACUGGGUGUCCACGGUUCAGACCCUUCACUACUCAGGGGCGGCAGGAGCAAGUAAGCAUCCAACAUGUCAGGAAAAUCCACACCACUCAUAAUGAAGGCUCAUGCUAACCCCCAAACUACUGUGCAUAUCAGGGGUGCAACGCCUGCACUAAUAAUACAGAAGGAUCACUUGAUUGUAAGGAUAUUAGUGAGUUAUUAAGUGUCUGGGGUCCCUUUAAAAUGAACACCAAAAUUUAUUUCACCAAAAGUAUAUAUAAGCUGACUGCUACCACUAGAGGGAGCUCAGGAGAUUACUGCAUACAGAUAUAUACAGCCACCACUAGAGGGAGCU